AUGAAGUUCUUCGAGAAUAAUUUCACCUACGACUACUCCUUCCCCGCCGUCUCGCUGGCCUACUUCCUCCGCUACCCGAACCCGUACUCCCGCCAUGUCCUCACCACCGACGUGAUUGAUCGGUUCGUCGACCCUAAAACGAAACGCCUCCAUACCACCCGGAUCCACCUCAAGAAAUCCAAGGUGCCCUCGGGCAUCUUGAAAUUGUUACCCAAGGGAAUGGGCGGCUCCGACAACUCCGGCCAGAGCUAUAUCCUCGAGACCACCGUCGUGGACCCGCACGAGGGCUGGAUGGAAACCGAAUCCCGCAACAUGGAGUGGACCGGCAUCCUCAGUGUCGUGGAGAAACAGCACUAUCAGCGUCUGCUGGCAGCUGAAGACACCAAGGCGCUGGACGGGCUUUCAAUCGAUAAGAAGAGCGAACAGACCACCGUGCGCACGACCGUGACAUUCCGGUCGAGGCUCGGUCAGGGCAAGUUCCUCAGUCGGAGAAAAACUGAUAAUGCCGAGACGGAAGAAGAAGAGCCUAAAAGGGCUUCUUCUCGUCCCUCUCCACGGCCGAGCAAGCAAGGCAUGAACGUGGUUCUCGAACGACUACGCAGCGGCGGUAUUGUCGGCGUCCUGGAAGGCAUGCGACAGGAUCGCGAGGCUGCGUUUGGUCCUGGUCCAGAGGGUCCCUGGAAGCGUGUUUGGCUGCAGGGUAACGGCCUCAAGGAUGAUGAUUAG